GCACACAAACAACACAAUGGGAUAGAGAAUGACAAUGGAAUAUUCCUCCAUAUUCAUAUUACUCAGGAAACUCCACUGGACCCAAUUGAAUUUCACAGUCGCAACUAAAGGUGAGCAUUAAUUGGCUCCGUAUGCCUCUUAUGGGUCCCAACAUUGAGGAGUGUCAUGGGCCAUGGCAAAAUCUAGAAAAGGGUGAGUCCGUGUUGAGAGACCCAGUGGAAGUGGAAAAGGGUUGUUAAUAAUUAUUCGCUCAGGUAACGUGGAAGCGUGUCUCUUUCCUCGCCUUUCCCAAUUCCCCUCUUCUCUAUCUUCUUAAUUUAUACUUGUCUCUUUCUCUUCCGUUCCUCUCCUUAUAUCAAAUACUCCACUCUACUGGGCUUCACACCAGACUACACUGUCCGUCUUCUUUUUCAUUAUUUUCCGGAUAGAUGGCUUCGAUGGCUGUUUCUGCUUCUGCUUGUCUUCGUCCCAGUAUUCCUUCUCCUCUACUACUCCCCCCUACUGCAUUUUCAAAUUCCACACCAUUCCCGAAGAGCCACGCCGAGUCCUACUUCCCUUUGACAUUGGCCCCUGCUCUUGCAACAACAACAAAAAGACCUCUUCUUUUUUCUCCUUUUGUGAUGAAGCACAAAACCUGUGAAGUUGUUGUUGUUGAUAAGGCAGAUAGGAAAGAAGAAGAAGAAGACGAAGAAGAACCCAGUGAUACCUUUUUGUAUUCCUUUACUCCUUUGCCUCUGAUGUUUUUGGCUGCUCUCCCUGGAGGUGGGACAGUGAGAUCUUUAUUUGGGCCUUUCGUUGAGCUUGUUAAAUCGUGGAAUCUUCCUGACUGGCUUGUGCAUUGGGGUCACCCCGGAAACAUGGCUGUCGUGCUGUUUGCGAUGGGUGGCUAUGGAACUUAUUUGGGUUUCCGCAUACGUUUUUCUGAUGAUGUAGAGGAGAAAGCUAAGGCCAAAGACUUGCACCCAAAACUUCUAGGUGGGAUGUUUUUCUUCUUUGCUCUUGGAGCUACUGGCGGAAUAACAUCUCUUCUCACUUCAGACAAACCCAUUUUUGAGAGUCCACAUGCUUUAACAGGUUUCAUUGGCCUUGCUCUCUUGACCCUUCAAACUAUUUUACCAUCAUUGUUUGAGGGAAAUCCAGGAUUACGAAAUGUUCAUGGGAUUUUGGGCAGUGGGAUCAUGACUCUGUUUCUUGUCCAUGCUGCCCUUGGACUUCAACUUGGCCUCAGUUACUGAUCAUCAUCAUCUUCUUCAACUUGACCUUAAUUUUUUUCCCAACUUGGCCUUAUUUUUUUCCUUCUAGAACUUGGGAAAAAAAUUAAGUGGUUAUUAGACAAUUUAUUUUUACAUAGCUAAUUUUUUACUCUCAUAAAACUUGAUCGAUAUAAUUUUAAAUGAUUGAUGUUAUUUAAUAUUUUAAUUUUUUUUUAUUAUAAUUUUUGUAAUGUGUCAAAAGUUUACGGAAAGAUAGAUAGUGCAAGACCAUUUGAUUUUA